AUGGCUGAAUCUUUGCUCAACGAAGGCUAUGGCUACGGCUUCGUUCUUGGCCUUGGUGCCGCAUUCGCACUUAUAAUGUCAAUCAUCACUAAGGUGUUAUCCAAAUAUGGGGGCCAGGUUCAAAAUUCCGAAAGAUUCUCAACUGCAUCCAGAAAUGUCAACUCAGGUUUAAUCGCCUCAAGCACAGUUUCUGCUUGGACUUGGCCAGCUACUCUACUCUCAGCUGGAACAUGGAGUUAUUCUCAUGGUAUCAUGGGUGGAUUCAUGUAUGGUAUUGGGGGAACUAUUCAAAUUACUUUGUUUGUCUUCUUAGCAAUUCAAAUUAAACUCAGAGCCCCGUCAGCACACACUGUAUCAGAAUGUUUUUCGAUAAGAUAUGGUAAGGCAGGUCACUGUGUAUUUCUUUGCUACUGCAUUGCUACCAACAUUUUGGUGUCCUCUCUUCUUCUACUUGGAGGUUCGCAAGCUUUUUCCGCUACCACAGGCAUGCAUGCAGUUGCUGCAAGUUUCCUUUUGCCUCUAGGAGUAAUGGUGUAUACUGCUCUUGGUGGAUUGAAGGCUACAUUUAUGUCCGAUUGGAUCCACACUGUCGUUAUAUAUGUAAUUUUAAUGGUUUCUUGUUUUACUAUUUAUUGCAGCUCAAGUCUAAUUGGCUCUCCAUCAAGAAUGUAUGAUCUCUUAAGAGAGGUUCAGGAACAGUUUCCCUCAGAAACUGGUACAAGUUAUCUAUCAUUCAGAGACAAGGAAAUGAUGCUUUUGACUUGGACAGUUAUGCUUGGAGGACUUAGCUCAGUUUUUGGUGACCCUGGGUAUUCUCAGCGAGCAAUCGCGUCUGACGCCAAAAGUGUGUUCCAAGGAUAUAUAAUGGGUGGUAUCUGUUGGUGGAUCAUUCCUGCAGCUCUUGGAUCAUCGGCAGGUCUUGCAUGCAGAGCAUUAUUAACCAACCCUGCUUCGGUUACAUAUCCGAGGGCACUUUCCACUUCCGAAGUAGACUCGGCUUUGCCAGUUAUCUACGGUUUGACUGCAAUUUUUGGUCGGAGUGGUGCAGCCGCAGGUUUAGUUAUGGUAUUUAUGUCAGUUACUUCAGCAACUUCAGCAGAAUUAAUUGCAUUUUCAUCUGUCACUACCUAUGACGUUUACAGAACUUACAUCAAUCCUUCUGCAACAGGAGUGCAGUUAGUUAGGGUUGGUCACAUCGCUGUAAUUGGAUUCAGUUUAUUCAUGGCUGUUUUGUCUACUAUUUUCAACUAUGUCGGAGUUACUUCGGGUUGGCUAUUGAGUUUCGUUGGUAUUGUUCUUUCUCCAGAAGUCAGUGCUGUAUUGUUGACCUUAUUCUGGAAUAAAAUGACAAAGACGGCAUUGAUAAUAGGGGCUCCUUUGGGCACUAUUUCAGGUAUCGCAUGUUGGAUUGGAGCUACAUAUUCAUUUGCUAAUGGAGUCGUUGAUAAAAACAGUGUAAUGAUGAGCGAGGCAACCUUCGUGGGAAACAUUGUGGCUUUAGCCUCAACUCCAAUUUAUAUUUUUCUCAUUAGUUUCCUUUAUCCGGAAAAAUCGUUUGAUCUAGCAUCAUAUAAUCGGAUUGAGCUAGGUGAUGAUCUUGAUGAAGAGGAAAAAAUGGCACUUAUUGUGGAUACGAGCGACAAGAGAACACUUAGGAUACAAUCGUGGUGGUGUUUGGGUAUCAACGUCUUCAUAUUAUUUGGUUGUUACAUAAUAAUUCCUUGUGCAUUGUAUGGAAGUGGCCAUGAUCUAAGUAAAAAAUCAUUCACAGCACUAAUUGUUGUACUACUCAUAUGGUUGGUGUUAGCAGCAUCAUAUAUUAUUAUUUUCCCACUAUGGCAAGGUAGAGAAGCAAUCAGGUUGAUUAUAAAGAGCAUGCUUGAGCAGGAUGAAUAUCAAACUGAAAGUUUGGAUGGCUUAGAUGUUGUACCAAAGCAGCAAAGAAUUGCAGUAGGUGAAAGCCUGACCAGAACGUAG